GAAAAGAUGAAUUGAAAUGCAGCAGUUUCUCCAUUUUCCAUCAAAAUCCAAAUUGAAAGAUGCAAUUCUGUGUGACCAACACCUUCCACAACACUCUCACUCUCUCUUCUACCCACAAUUCCUUUUCCUUUCUUUCUCUCUCACCAAUCCUCCCCAAACCAUCAUGUUCCACAAGACGAUUCAUCAUAGCCAAUACCCACAAACCUAAUUCCAACAACAAUGUUCCCAAAGUGAAGGGAAACAAAGAGAAUGUUUGGAGUGUUGAUAACCAACUUGCAAAACUAUCUUCUUCUUCUUCUUCUCAGAAAGAGAAUGGAAGAGGAAGGAAACAGAGAGGGAGGAAAAUCAUUAAGAAGAAAAGGGGUAAGGGUGGUAGAGUUAUUGUUACUGGAGCUAUGUUGCUGGAAGUUGAAACUGUUCUUCAGACUCAGGAACCAGUAAUAAAACCAGUAUGGAACACAUUUGCUAGCAGUCUCAGUGGAAUUUGGAAAGGUGUAGGGGCUGUGUUUUCUCCCAUCACAGCUGAAAUGGAGCCAAUGGAAAUAAGUGUCAGGAAUGAACACCUUUACGACUGAGGUGAACGUACGUCUCAAAUCCAAAGAAAGGUUAAUUGGGUGACUUUGAAUCCGUAUGGUGAAAUGACACAGCAUGUUGAAGGCGACAACAUAGCUAAGAACGGAUCUAGUGAUGUUAAUGCUCCUAAACCUAGGAAGCAAAAAUCAAACGAAAAUAUAACAAAUCGUGUUUUGCCUACAUUUGAAUCUUUCGACUUCAAAAAAAGUGAUGUGAUGGAAGAAGAUGUCAUGGGCUGUGAACCGGGCCUUGUUUACUUUGAAGACGGAUCUUACUCUAGGGGUCCCAUGGAUAUUUCGAUGGGUGUGGAUGAUGAUUCGAAGUACUAUGUCACACCAACUUUCAAAUUUGAACAAUGCUUGGUCAAAGGCUGUCACAAAAGGAUCCGCAUUGUCCAUACAAUAGAAUUCAUAAAUGGUGGUUCAGAAAUACAGAUAAUGAGGGUUGCUGUGUAUGAAGAAGAAUGGGUCAGUCCCGCUUGUGUCGAUGACCAGAGUGAUAUGGAGUUUGAUUUAAAGCCAUUUUCUCAAAGAAAAAGAACCAAACCAUCAGAGUUGACAGGGUCAUGGAAAGUCUUCGAGGUCAGCGCUACUCCAGUGUACGGUGACGAGACUAACGUCGACGAAGUCAACAAUGCUCCAUAUGUGUACCUUUGUACAGAAACUCUGAAGAAGAGAAGCUCCCCCGAAAGUACCAACUACUUCGGUGAGGAAGAGAGGCUCGACAUGCAGGAUAUGACCAUGCUAUGGCUUCCGGGUGGUGUGACAUGUUAUGUCGAUAUCAAUAAGGAUGGUAUUCUUUGUAUUGGAGUUGGUUGGUACUCUGAUGAAGGAAUCAACCUUGCGAUGGAAAGAGAUUAUGGGUUAGAUGGGAAACUUAAAGAAGUGAGAUCGAAAUCGGAGAUGAAGAGAAGGUGGUCUAAUUAAUCUAAUGUAUAAAUUAUAAGGAUUAGCAGCUUGUAAAUUGUUUAGUAUGAUUAAUAGUUUUGCAAAGAAUACUCAACAUUAUAGUUAAGUACAAUGAUUUUCUAAAGUUGAUACAUGUAAAAAAUUUAUUAACAUUAAUCAUUUUGAUCAA